UUUGAGUGGACUUUGAGCAGCUUUGUAUGUGAUCGACCUGAGGUUUCAGUGAUAGAACCGCAGACACCACAACAGACUGUGAUGAUGAGCGAUGUUUGUCUCCAUCAUAAUUUUGCAUUUUUAUUAACAUUGACCCGAAAUCAGCUUUAAAUGCAAAAUGUGGAGUCACUUUUUAACAACUGGUAGUCAUGGUUAGAACGCGGAGUCAUAUUUAAGGACUGACGAUUGUUGAAGGAACUGUCUCUUGACUUAAGUCAUAAAGAUCAAUCAUUUACGUCACAAUUACCGCAGUCUUAUUUCAAAAGAGACCGCGAAAAUGUUGGAACUUUAUGACGUGACGUCGUUGGUCAUUGACACUUUAAACUCUGCCGAAACGACACGUUUGGACCUUAAACCAUAUAAUAAUUAUGGAAACAUGAGCUGGGGGGCACAGACACAGACCACUUUCAUCCAAGGGAGCCACCAAAAGACAUCAGAAAAAGAUGACUCCAACUCUGCUCUGUUUUACCUUUUCCAAGAGGUGUCCAUGCUAGCACCUCCCAGCCACUGCAGUUUCUCUGAAACAAAAUCAACUCCCAAACUGCUUGGUGGGACAACUGUCCAGGAUAAGACAGAAGAGGACGGAGAUGUAUUUAAAACCUUAAAUGGAUCCCGUCUGCAGUGUUUGUCUGGUAGUCAUGGGGUCAACACCUUCAAAGAGGAGUGCGGCUGCCAUGACAGCAGUUGUGAGUUAAACAGUCCAUGGAAGGUGUUGAACCUCAUCAACCUGCAGUGUGAAAGACUCCUGCAUCACAGAGAUGAAGACAAGUCGACUCCACGUUCAGUCUUACCUGCCGUGACACUUUGUCAGUCAGUCACAGCGGAGGCUUCAACUGAGGUAGAUGUUACAGAACUGGAAGCUGAAACUGCUACAGUCCAAAACACUGAAACUCAUUUUGACUACAAGACAGAAGAACUCCCAGCCUCUGUGGAACAUGGGAACAACGGGAGAGUAGACCUUCAUAGUGUUGGUGGUCAGUGCUGUGUAAAUGAAUCUGGAAGUUGUGGUGUUACUGGACUGUCAGAGGAGGUGAAGGAAAAUGCCUUCAGUCAUCCCCAUCACAGCGUUCAGGAGUGUACACACCCAUUCCCAAAUCCUGCCUUCUUUCAACACGUACCCAGUUCACAACAAAGUACCGACGUCAACUCAUUUCCAUCUGAGUGUGUAUCUUUGUCAAAGUCAGUUUUAACACUGGACUGCAAUGCAAAUGUUGUUACCACAGAUCCCAUCGUUGACACUCAACAAUCUCCUUUCCAUGCUGUCCUGCCGUCCGUACUGUCUGUGUCCUGUGUUAUAAAGAGACACAACCCUCUUCCACAAACUGGUAUUGUAGGUUCCCAACCAGAGAGUACACACUCCUCUGUAAAAGACAAAUCUCCUCAUGAUCCACUUUUCAAACCGACGGUCAGUAAAAUCUCCUCUGCCAAGUUUCCACCAGAAGACUCACCAGCACAAAAAAAAGAAAUCGAACCUCAGACUAUUCUCAAGUGGAGAACCAGAAGUCGGAGGAAACAACCAUAUCCCAGCAGAAGCAUUGACAUCCAGGACCCCAACGUUCAGGGAGUGACCUUCAGUAUGGGCUCUGAGCUGGAUGACAGCAGGGAACACUGUCGCCUCCUCAUAACUUGGAAAUAUAGCAAGGAGCUCUGUAAGAGAGAACGAAAGCUUCAACCAAGGACAAGAAAAUCCUAUAAGACCAGCAGCUCAGACGAAGAGAAUGACCACCUGACCACUGUGCCCAAGAGUAAAGCCUGCGCCUCAUGUUGCACCAGGAAGACACCGAUGUGGAGGGAUGCAGAAGAUGGGACCCCCCUUUGUAAUGCUUGUGGAAUAAGGUAUAAGAAGUACAGAGUACGCUGUGUCAGCUGCUGGCAUAUACCCAGAAAGGAAAGCAACUCCAACUCCUGUUGUCUAAAAUGUGGAAACUUAGUCAUACAGAUCUCAGGUCAGCGGAAACACACCAGCUAGAGAAUGUCUACUUCAGGUACCAGAGCUGACAAUUCAGGGUUCUGUCCCCUGUAAAGAUCCAACAUUAUCUGUUGUAUUUUACGAGGUUGAGGUUGAUGUUAAUUUCUCUACUUUACUGUAGAAAUGGUAACAAUUGGAACAAAAUUGUUACAUUUCGAUUCAGAUGUAAUUUUAUAGAAUGGUUAACUAAAUACUAAAACAAGACUGAGAACAUGUUUUGAAUGACAGUAUCCAAUAUAUGUGAAAUAUCUCUAAAAGAGUGUGUAGUUUUAGCUGAGAUAUUCAUGUACCACCUGCUGAAACGGAUCAUACAUUUGACUGUGGUGUUUAUUCUGCCAACACGAAUAAACAGAAAAAAAGUUUUUCUGCUCAGAAAUAUUUUGAGGUUAAAAAAGAAACAAGGUGAGGUCAAUAUAAGAACAGUGCAGUGUGUUUGAAAGAUGUUAUUGUUCAUGCUAAUGUUGCUCAUAUGUAACUGUUUGCCACAGUGGUCACAUUUGUUCAUACAUGCAAAUUAAAAGUUUCACUGUUAACUGUCAAAUCCAUUUCUCUUCCUCCUGAGUGACAUGACCUUCCUGUCAUGAUGACCACUGCAGUUACACACACUAUAUUAAGGUAUUUAUUUGUUGUCUUUUCUAUGACUUUGGUUGUGAAUAUAAUUUUUCUUCCCUUGGGGUUUAUUUGGGUUGUUUAGUGUGUUCACUGAUUUUGUUUGCAUGUUUUGUUUACAUGUGCAGUUAUUUUCAGUUUGUAAUAAAAUAAUACAAUUUACUGUUUCUCGACUCGU